UUCAGCUUGACAGUUAAUUCUAAUACACCGUCACGCAUAAUCUUUGAUACCGGUUACAAAAAAAAGACUUUUAAGGCAAGAAGAGGGAUACAUGCAGGUGCUGUCACCAUGUCAACUGCACAGUCUAGUCCCCUGUGUAGUCUGCCAUCGGCCAGAGCAAUGUUUGAGAUGGGUCCACCUUGUCUGCAGACACUGCAUGCUGCAAUGGAGGACAUCGACCGACAGCUCAGUGAAAAUGACAGAAACAUUGAGGACACCUUGAGAUGUCUUGUGCAAGCCACCAACAGUUUGUCGGCCGAUAAUGACUACACUAACGUCAAGGAUGCCAUGGACAGUCUGCUCCAUACCCCGGUCCUGGAAGAGUGCGCCUGCCUGUCUCCUGAGCCAGAGGACGUGGGCAUUCUACUCAGGACUAUCCUACAGCAUCUCACCCAGAACCCCGGCUGUGAACUGGCCACCUUCUCCCAACUCCUCUACCUCUCCUCCCACGAGGGCCUGGGCUUGCCCAUCCGGGCCCCCGAGCCUGACCACUACCGCACCUCCCAGUCAGCCCUCUCCCUUAACACGGUGGCAGACUCGGCCGAUGAGGCCAACGACCUCCUCUGGGAGGAUAUUCGCUCCCGCCUGCGCCGGUUCUUCCUGGACCGCCUCCAGCGGCUGCCCGUCGACGCUGUCCAGCGCCGGGGCGUCGACCUUCACGCCGGCGAGCGGGUGGAGUGCCUGCAGAGCCUGUGCAUCCUGUACCCAGUGCGGAAGGUCUGGGGCAGCUACCAACUGCUGAGGUCGCAGCAGGUCAUGACACUUAUCCAGGAUGUACUGACCCCUGCGCAGAUUGAUGAGGCUAUAACUGAAGCAGCAGAGCCCAAGCCAAUCCCUACCCUGGACCAGUUGGCCCUGCGACUGCCCAAGCUAGUGGACUGCCUGGAGGGCAUGAUUGAAGCCGACUUCACAGUCAUGCUGGCCAAUGUCUUCGAUGGACAGGUGGAGGCCGGCCAGGCGCUCCGAGAGAUCUAUCUGUGCAGCCUAUCGGCAGACCUGCAGGGCCUCCUAGAGAGGGCGUGGCAGGUCAAAGGUCAGAGUCAGGAGGGGGAGACAGAGGAACAGAAGAAGAAGGCGACAGUGGGAAGGAAGAUGGUGGGGAGCUUUGUGGGGUCGUCACUGUUUGGGGAUGAGGACGAGAUGGAGGAUGACAUGGAAGAAUCCGAGGGGGUGGAGGUUGACAUCUCAAUUGAAGACACUCCAGCCGUGACUCAGGAAGAGCUGGUUCACCUUGUAGCCAUUGUGGAGCAGCUGUCUGGAAUGGACGCUUACAUCCACGCCCUGCACCAGCAGGCCUCCAAAGACUCCAGCCCCAUGAUGAAGCCUGGCCGCCUCAAGGGCAGCAUCAAGAGUGCCCUCAAGCACACCAGGGAUCCAGCCAGCCGCGAGGCUGGCCACCGCGGGGAGUACACCGGCCGCCGGGGGGUGCUGCCCGAUGCCAUCCCCCCACCGUUUGGCGUCAUGCCUGGCAUGAUGACUCCAGAGACUACAGCCCAACGCAAGCACACUGUGCUGGACAACCCUAUCACUCAGAUCAAGUGGGAUUGGGCAGCCGUCUUGGAGAGCGUUGUUGCAGACGUCUGCACCAGCCUGCCCGGCCUGAUCAAGAACGCCUGCCAGUCGGCCCUGCAGCAGGAAGAGAUGGUGCACGCUCAGACGCACACCGUCCACAUGAUCCCCGUGUGCGGUGAUUUGGUCAACAGCUUCUCUGAAUAUCCAAGAAGUAUUUCAAAGAGCCUAGUCGAUCUGGUGUCUUUCCUAGACACAAUCCUGCCACUCGCCGUGAAUGGAGCGGAGGGAGUGUUGAAACCACUUAGAACAGCCUUUGUCGAGGCCGUUGCCGCCAGUCUGGGGCAUUACUACAGGAAAAUCACAAAUAUCUUCAACCCUGCUAGUAGUCCUGGAAAGCAUUCCUACACCAACGUUGUUGAGAAGUACAAGCUACUCUCCAUCGCCUCCUUUGCUGGCAGCCACCUGACCUACUACGGAGACAUGUUAGGUGACGAUGAAUCCAAGUACUCACUUGGCACAGUUAAAAAGCAGUAUACCGAACUCAUUGCAACUGUCAAAGCCGAGAUACUGGACUAUCAGCACCACGUGAUAUCCACCAUCAUUUUACAGGAUGCCGAGAGUCAUCACUGGUCUGACCAGAGACCCUUCUUUGAGGACGAGAGGUGCUCCUUCUCAGUCCAGAUGUGGCACUUGCACCUGGACGCCACCAGGCAGGAGCUCUUCUCCACCUGUUCCCCCGGCCUGGCACAGGAGCUCUUUGGCCAGAUGGUCAGCCAGUCGCUCUCGCUGCUGGCUCAGUGCUACAGCGGGGCCAAGCCAUCCUACAAGAGAACCAGGCAGUUCAGAGCGGACAUCACAGCCCUGCUCCUGAUCACCCUGGAUCACCUCUGGUACCUCUGCCCCUCCCCGGGGCCUCUCCUGGACCCCCUCUCUGCCCACCAGCCGGUCUCCUCGGUCCACAAUGCCUGCACCUGCCUGCUGUCGGCGCUGAGUGUGGUGGGCGCGCCCCUAGCCGACCUGUACCAUGUCUUCCGCAAGGGCUUCGGCCAGCGUCGUUCCAGGGGGAUGGAGCGGACCAUCUCGGAGCAAGAGGCCGUGGAGGGCUCAUCGGGUCUGCUGUCACUGGCCGCAACGUCGUCCAGGGAGUGGCUGCGAUGGGUCCGGCCGGGACUGUUUGACGGACUGCAGAAAGGAAUGGAUAAUCUUCCAGACAAGCAGGCAGCGUUUAUCCAGUUGAAACUACUGUGCAGUCAACCGUGUCCCAAGUACCCUCUGCUCCUACAGGCUCUUCUAAUGAGGAACUGUCUGAUACCUACACUCGUGGUCACUAACACAGGCCCGACCCAAUCACAGACCAGCCAAUUGAACUCCCUUGCAGCCUACGAGGGGUGCAGCGGUGGGAUCUGCCCAGGCAAAUCCUGCCGCACCUUCCAGAGCCAGGACAUCCCCGACGCUGUCCAGCCCCUGGUAGGCCUGUUGGCCCUGUGUGGGGACCAGCCAGGCGCGCUGACAGCAGUCCUCAUGGCCAUGAUCGAAAAAGAGGAUAACUGGGAGUGUUUUGAAGCCAGCUGCUUGCCUGGUAAGACGUCACCGGUUCCCCUAUGGCUGGAAAGCGUCUACAAACUCAUCUCAUCCUACAUUGACAGAGCCAUCAAGCCAGCCUUGGCGAUCCUUCUCAAGGAUCCAGUAGAUCCUAAGCACCUAGUGGGCUUCGUCAACUCGGUCAAGGAGCUCCCCUGUGGCUGCCAGCUGAAGAAGAAGGCGCAAAUAAUCAAAGCGACAGGCCCCCAAGAUGACAUCUUGAUGGCAAUGCAAGUCCUGAUCACCACCCUGGCAGACAACGUGGGCGCCUUACCCACCCCACUCUGCAUCUUCUUCAACAGUCUACAGCAACACCUGAACGAAAAGGAGGUACAUUGCGCGCAUGACUGCAUGGGAUUGCAGGUGAUAGCCAGCUGCCUGUACAACAAACUCAGCGACCAGGAGACGCUGGUGGAGAUGGCCGGUGUGCCCAUCGGCGCUCAGACCCACAACGAUCUCAGCCAGUUUGGAGACUAUUGUUACAAGGCCCUGACUGCUUCCACUGCAAAGUGCAGGGAGAGUCUACCCCAGCCUGUCUAUGCCUUCAUGAGUCGCCACACCGACUGGCUGCACAGCAAGAUAGACACCAUCAUAAGCCACAUGGACAACGAGCUGUUUGCCAACUGCUCUGGUUACCCCUUGGAGGAAGCCCCUUCGGAAUUCCUGGAGCAUUACCGGCAGAUGCAGGCUAGUCUCGUCCUCCAGGCUCCAGACGGAGAGAAGUAUCUUCUUCAAGCUUACAACAUGUUGAGAAAUAACCUCGAUUGGUUUGAACAUCAGUUAGAAAUCCCACCAAUGUUCCCUGCCAAAGACGCUUCCUCCUCCCCGACUGAUCCCAAGGAGAGCCCUAUCUUCUCCCUGGACUUGACCAAGAGCCCCUGGGCCCCCCACGCCCUGGCCGCACCCUUCCACCCCUUAGCCCGCUUCAACAUGCUAGGCGGUGCCGAGUUUGACCAGGUCUGCCUGGCCGACUUUCCCUAUGACUGGCCCCGGCUGCUGCAGUGCGAGCUGGGCAUGAGUGAGGUGGGGUUUCGGACCCUGCUCUCCCACCGUCACGAGAUGCAGGAGGAUGCCUUCCUGGAGGAGGCAGAGAAGAGACCUGUCCAGGCCCUAAGGAGCAAGUACAACUUGGACGGUGCCGAGCUGGUCUGAGCGGCCCAAAAUGGUCUAUUGGAAGAUUGGUUCUAGGAAAGUUAUAUGUGUUUGUAACUGUGCCAUCGUUUUCACUGCCAUCUCAAAAAUACAACAUGGAUGCUUAAGCCUUGCCCAAAAUGGCUUUCCAGAGCUACGGCUAUGUCUGCCGUCAGUGCAUCUCCGCAUGUUUCCACCAGGCAAAGAUGUAGACCUAGCUCUAGACUUCAUCUUUGCAUGCUGCCUUACGAGUUUGUUUUCCAAGCAUAGUUGUCUCCAGGGUGGCAGGGUACCAGUAUCCUUGGGGGUAGCAGGGAACCAGUUUAUUCUCAAGCAGGGAGAAGAGGUUAUGAAGGGAACUAUAGUUGUGACCAGACUACCAAAACUCUCAAGUUUAAUCCAAAGGUGACCUCUCUAAACAGUGCCCUCUGUUGCCCUAGCCAUAGUGAUCAAAACUUUAGUUUUUGUAGCACCUAAUUCUACCCCUCUUGACUGCUCCAAGUUCAGAAAUGAACUUUACUGUAACCAAAAGUGUAUCUGUUUGUUGUAUUUUACCCCAAAAAUCUUCCCUUGAUGUGUUUAUAUAACUGUUGCUGUAUGUAUAAAUUUGUGUCUGUAUUGAGAUCUUUUAUAUUUUAAAGAGACCCCCUUUUGCCAAUUAGAUACACCGAUUAGUUGGUAGCAGUUGGCCUACAGACACUGUGGCUUUACUGUGACGAGCAUACCGGUUUAGGACAGCUUUCAGUUCAUUCAAAAUUUUUAACUUACUCCCGUGUAGGUUUUUCCAGAAAUGUGUUUUUUUUUAUGUGACUGCCUGUGCCAACUUGACACAAAGAUUGUUGUCACAACUCCAAAAACAGUGACCUCAAUUUCAUUAUUGAGAAAUAUUUCAAAAUUACCAAUAACUUAACUUUAACCUAACAAUAACAGUACUUUACACAUCAUUUGGGUCUCAGGUUUACUACAGGGCAGUUGCUUGAGUACAGUGAUAUAUAAUGAAAAAUGUGACAUUUGUGUAUCUAUCAUGUACAUAAAAAAUAUUUGAAAAGUGUGAUAUGGCUAUGUUAAGCUAAGAAGCAGGGUUACAUUUUGUUAAUCUCUGUUUAAAAAUAUUCAAAGUUUCCUAAGGCUGAGCAAAGUAUUCUUACAUGUGCAAAAGAAGCCCAUAGACUGUACUUCCCCAUCUGGAAUUCAGAGCAGAGCACAAUUUCACAGAGCUGCUUAACAGUUAGCAGAAAAGUCGUACUUACAAUAACAGAAAAAUUUGCUAAUCUUAAGCACUAUUUCACCCCACAGUUGUGCUUACGGUUGUGCACGUAGAGAGAUUUUUAUUGUUUUGUUUUGUUACUAUGUGAAGGAAAUGUUUCCUCCAAGGUAAGCGUGCCUUUUUCUGUGAUUACUGUGGUCUCCACAAAAUACGUGUACACAGAGCAUAACAUUAGCAUAAAAUUGGCCCUGGUCAUUCUAAAUACACUGUGAAUGGCUACCAGUCGUUAAGAACGAGAUGCCUACUACCUCUACUGCACAAUUACUGGAAAAUUGGUACUCAACAUCAGGCCCCUCAAUCAACAGGAAGAAAACAGAGUUUCUUUCUUUUUGAAAUUCACAGUUAUUAUUGGAUAAUGUUAUUUUAAUUCACGCACAUUUGGGUACUAGCAUCGUUUUUCGCUGAAAUAUUUUAGCUAAAGUAGCUAAAUUAGCUAGUCAGAGCAUGGAGGAAGGAAGAUAAGUGCAAUAUUGUCUGGUGUAAAGCAGUGUAAAAUUUGUCUGAAUAAAUGAAAAAUUUCAAAAAUU